AUGGCUGAUGAAAAUCCUGCGAUGAUUCGUCAAUGGGACAGAUGCAACAAUAUAGUUAUUUCCUGGUUAACUAGCUCUCUUUCACCAACUAUUGUUGAAAGUGUACAAUACUCGGAGUCAGCUGAAAGUAUUUGGAAGCAGUUAGAACAUAGGUAUGGGACGGUAAAUGGAACUAAAAUUUUUGAGAUAAAAAGGAAAUUAGGUUCUACUCAGCAAGGUUCUCUUGAUGUUGCUUCAUAUUUUAACAAAUUAAAGAGGCUCUGGGAUGAACUUGUAACAAUGCGCAAAAAUCAUGGAAAUUGUUGUGCUUGUGCUGCAAAGCCUGGUAUUCAGAGGGAUGAAGAAGAGGACAAGUUACACGAAUUGCUUAUGGGGUUAAAUGAAGUGUAUGUGGGUGUGAGGAGUAAUUUACUGAUGAUGCAACCUCCUCCUUUAUUAGACAGUGCUUACAAUAUCCUUCUUCAAGAUGAAAGUCAAAGACAAGUUCAAUUCAACCCACAGUUAACACCAGAAUCAGCAUCUUUCAAUGCUAAUGUGAAUGUGAAGCAACAAUUUCCCCCUAAACAAUACAAUCAAAAGGUAGACUUUGAUCAUUCAAAGGGAAACAUGUUUUGCAAGUAUUGUAAGAAGCCUGGGCACCUAAUUGACAAAUGCUACAAACUUCAUGGGUUCCCACAGAAUUUUAAGUUCAACAAAGGGAAGAGAGUGGUUGCAACAGUAUCUGCUGAUUCUGCCCAAUUUCAGCCAUGCAUAGGAAGCCAUGUCUCAGCUCAGCCUAUGGCUCAAACUCAAAUCAAUCAUGCACCUGAGCCUCAACCAAAUCUGAUGGGAUCUUCUAACUUUGCUGGUAGUGUUCUUUCCUUGCUUGUUUAUACUGGUGAUGAUUCUCAUGCCUGCAUGUUUUGUAGUGUAAGUAGAGAUGUGUGGAUUAUAGAUAGUGGAGCUACUGAUCAUAUGACCUCCAAUAAAGAAAUUCUUUCAAAUCUGACUCCAUUUCCUACUCCUUACUUGGUAACUUUGCCUAAUGGUUAUAAGGCAAAGGACCUUUCCAUGAGGAAGCUUCUGGAACUUGGUAAAGUGGACCAAGGACUCUACAAGCUUCUUCUUGAUCAUCAACUCAAUGCAAGAUUACUUUUUUCAGCUAGUUCUACUGUUUCUGAUUCCUUGUUUGAGCUAAUUCAUGUUGACACAUGGGGUCCCUACCAUACUCAGAGUUAUUUUGGGGCAAAAUACUUUCUUACCAUUGUGGAUGACCAUAGUAGAGCUACUUGGACUCACUUGUUGCAUUCUAAAAGUAAUGCUUUUACUAUGCUGAAGGCUUUUAUUUCCAUGGUGAAAACUCAAUUUAACCUCUCUGUUAAAAAAAUUAGAAGUGAUAAUGCCUUGGAAAUUGGACUUUUCAAUUCUGCCUUACAAUAUUUUUCAGAUAAUGGAAUUAUCCAUCAGACUACCUGUUCUCACACACCUCAACAAAAUGGAAUUGUUGAAAGAAAGCAUAAGCACUUACUUGAAAUAGCUAGAGCCUUAAUGUACCAAUCUAAGUUACCAACAAAAUUUUGGGGAGAUUGCAUUUUAGCAGCUACUUAUUUGAUAAACAGAUUUCCCUCCACCAUCUUACAUAACAAAUCUCCAUUUGAAGUGCUUUAUGGCAAGUUGCCCUCUUAUUCACAUCUUAAGCCCUUUGGGUGUCUUUGUUAUGCAAUUGUGCCUAAAUGUGAGAGGAAUAAGUUUGAUCCAAGAGUUGUACCUUGUGUUUUUGUUGGUUAUCCAUUUGGUAAGACAGGUUACAAGUUGUACAAUUUAUCCACCAAGUGUAUUCUUGUCUCUAGGGAUGUCAUCUUUCAUGAAUCUGUCUUCCCUUUCUUGUUAUCAUCUUCUUCAUCUUCUAGCUACCUUCUAAAAAGGGGGCGUCGACACCUACAAUGUUCUGCUUCUAUACCAAUUUCACCUGUUGGUUCUGAUCCUCUCUUAUGUACUACUCCUUCCCAUUCUUUUCCUGUUGAUCCACCAUCUCCUAAUACUUCACCUUCUGUUGAUGCUUCUUCCUCCCCUAUUCCUUCUGUUCCUUCUCCUAAUACUGUCAUUCCUCUAGAUCUUCCCUCUACAUCUGCUCAUUCACAUUCUUCCUCUCUCCCUAUAACUAGAAAAAGUAGCAGACCUCACACCUUGCCCUCACAUCUUAGUGACUUUGUUGUGAAACUUCCUCCUUCCAUUUUCAACUCCACUACUUUAUCUCUCUAUGAUGCACACACAACUGAAGUUGAGCCUCAUUCAUAUUCUCAGGCAGCUACCAGUUUAGUCUGGCAGGAAUCCAUGAGAAAAGAAUUUGAGGCCUUAGAAGCUAAUAACACUUGUCCAUAG